AUGCCUGGUUGCAAGGACAUCUACGAGGAGAAGUUGAGGCAUAAUAGAGCUUCUGAGGUACUAAAAGAAAUGUGGAGGGUAGUAUCACAACUUGAUGACCUUACAAGUGUAAACAAUGCUGUGGGUUCAGCAAUGUCUAAGGCAACCCAAAAUGGGAUUGUUGAAUUUAUUAAUGAGUUUAUCAACUACUGUCCUCAGCUUUUGAAGAUAUCAAAAACAUCAGUGUUUCAUGACGCAAUCAAAUACCGCCAGGAAAAAGAUUUUCGGCCUUAUCCAUCGUCUGAUCUUGCUAUUGCAACGAUAAAGUACAAUGACUCAGGAGACUUUAUGUCACAUACAGCUGCAAAAAAAGCACCCAUUGAGAGGCUCAAUCAAGUUCCGGGUGCAGCCUCCAAAUGCAGCGUUAGUGCCUUUUAUGAGAAGGCUCUGCUGGAUGCUCGCAAGCAAAUUGAGCGUGAAAUGGAAAGAUUUAAGUUCUGUGAAAGAGAGACUAAGACAAAAGCCUUCAGUAAAGAAGGUCGGGGAGCUGGAGUUAAGAAAGGAAAGACAAGGCCACCCCGAUUGACACAUUUGGAGACAUCUAUUUCUCGGCAUAACGCUCAUAUAGUGAAGUUGGAAUUGAUCUUGAGACUGCUGGAUAAUGAUGAAUUGAGUCCUGAGCAAGUUAAUGAUGUCAGAGAUUUUUUGGAAGACAAUGUUGAACGUAAUCAGGACGACUUUGAAGAAUUUAGUGAUGUUGAUGAGCUCUACAACUCUUUACCAUUAGAAAAAGUGGAGGGCCUUGAAGAUUUGGUCACAAUUGUUCCUCCUGGACUUGUUAAGGGUGCAGCUAACGCAGUUUUAGGCUUGAAGACUUCAUUAGCAGCUUCAACAACUCAAAUGCCGGCAUCAUUGGCAUCUACUGCUCAACAGGGUAAUUCCAUUCAGGAUCCAGUUGAUGAUACAUCUUCCCAGGACAGUAAUUUUGAUAUUGCCUCGAAAAGUCCCCCUUCUAAAAAUAGUGUUGUCAGUUCUGUUUCAUCAACACCGACAGGGAAUCAUUCAGCUGCUGUUAGCAGCAAUGUUUCAGCACGUACUUUGGUUGGUGGAUCAACUGCUACAGCAAUACUUUCAGGUGCUGGUUCUGUUCGAGGUGUCCUUGAUAAUUCGGUUUCUGCUGUUCCUCCAGCGUCAGUAAAUUUGUCUAGCUCAGUGAAGGAAGAUGAGAAUACAAGCUUUCCAGGCCAAAGAUCCUCCUCAUCUAUUGUUGAGAUUGGACUGGGAAGGGGUAUUGUUAGAGGUUCUGUUGCUGGUGUUAUAUCGAGCCAACCAUCAAAUAGUGUACCUUUAGGUUCUGGAAGUAUAAUCCCCAGCAAUGGAGCCCUUGUUGCCAUUCCUGCUGCCUCUGACAUUGCAAAGAGAAAUAUUUUAGGGACCGAUGAGAGAAUUGGAAGUAGUGAUACUGUGCAAACGCUGGUUUCCCCCCUAAGUAACAGAAUUCUUUUGCCACAGGUCUCUAAGGCUAAUGAAGGAACAGGUUCAUCUGAUUCUAAUAAUGUUAGUGACCCUGCAGUUAUAGGUGGGAGAGUUUUCUCCCCCUCAGUAGUUCCCGGAGUACAAUGGAGACCUGGAAGCUUAUUUCAGAAUCAGGUUGAAGUGGGCCAAUUUCAUGGAAGAACUGAAAUUGCACCUGAUCAAAGGGAGAAGUUAUUGCAGUGGUUCCACCAGGUCCAGCAGCAAAGUCAACCUGGAGUUUCUCAUCUUACUGGAGGAAAUCAUAAGCAGUUCUCUGCUCAACAGCAAACCUCACUGUUACAGCAGUUCAAUUCUCAAAACUCAACCUUACUAUCUCAAGUUGGAUUGGGCCUUGGAGUUCAGGCUCCGGGUCUCAACACUGUUACAUCUAACUCUCUACAGCAGUCAAAUUCUAUCCAGCAACAAUCUGCUCAGCAUGCUUUGAACUUGCCUGCACCAAAAGAUUUGGUUGAGGACCAGCAGCAACAGCAGAGUUCAUCUGAAGAUGUGGUUGUUGAACCAGUUACUAGUUCUGGGCUUAACAGGAAUCUCUUGAAUGAGGAUGACAUGAAGGCUACAUAUUCAGUAGAUUCAGCUGCGGCUGGUUCUGGUUCUGGUUCUUUGAUUGAACCCGUCCAAGUGCCUAGAGAUAUUGAUCUCUCCCCUGGUCAACCUUUACAGUCCAAUCGGCCCUCAGUCAGCUUAGGUGUCAUUGGUCGAAGAAGUGUUUCUGACCUUGGGCCAUUGGUGAUAACCUCAGUGGGUCAACUGCAAACUCUGGAGGAAUACAUGACCAUUUAUACAAUCUGCAGAUGCUCGAGUCUGCUUACUACAAGCUUCCCCAACCCAAAGAUUCAGAACGUCCAAAGAAUUAUAUUCCUAGACACCCUGCAGUGACCCCUCUGAGCUAUUCUCAGGUGCAGGCACCCAUUGUCAAUAAUCCCACCUUCUGGGAGCGACUGGGUAUUGAUACAUUAGGAACUGAGGCUAUGUUCUUUGCAUUUUACUAUCAACAGAAUACUUAUCAGCAAUACUUGGCUGCGAAAGAGUUGAAAAAGCAAUCAUGGAGAUACCACAGGAAAUAUAACACCUGGUUUCAACGGCAUGAGGAACCAAAAGUUACAACUGAUGAAUUUGAACAAGGGACAUAUGUGUACUUUGAUUUUCACAUAGCCAGUGAUGACUUACAGCAUGGAUGGUGCCAGAGGAUCAAGACUGAGUUCACUUUUGAGUACAGUUAGCUUGAAGAUAAACUUGUUGUAUAGAAAAAGUGCAGACGAUGAGAACCGUGAUAAUCCAGUCAAAUUGUUUGGUA